AUUAUAUAGACUGUGUUUGCAUUUUGUUCAGGACAGCAGUAUUUAUAGUCAGAGUUAAAAGUCGUUGUCACAGAAUAUCUUACUCUACAGUUACUGUGCUUUCGAGACUAAUAUGUAAAAAGUUAUAUAAAACUUUCUUCAAUAUCUAUGAAUUGCAUUUGAUUCCCUAAACAGAAGAAGAAGCUAAAACUGAAUAUCAAUUUAAUCAGUAUGCAGGCACCAGGAUUUAAUGCACACCCAGAGCAACAAGGUCACGGCGUGAGUGGAAGUUUGCAGAAUCCAAAGAAGUUUAGGAAUCAGGACUUUGAUAUUCUAAGAGAUUAUCACUUUAAAAAACGCAUCUUGUUUAAAGAUGAAGUCUUUCCAGCAGACAUAAGCAUCAUUGGUCCUAAACUGGAGGCUGAAUUCAAUUUGAGUAACAUAGUCUGGAAAAGGCCAUGGGAAAUUUGUAAGGAGCCAAGAUUAAUAAUGGAUGGAGCUAGCUUUCUUGACAUUAAACAAAGUAAACUAGGUGACUGCUGGGUUUUAUCUGCAAUGGGAUCUGUUACCCGUAACAAGAAUUUACUGGAAAAUAUUUUGCCAUUGAACCAAGAAUUCACCACAAAAUAUGCUGGAAUCUUUCAUUUCAGGUUUUGGCACUUUGGUGAUUGGGUGGACGUUGUCAUAGAUGAUAGGUUGCCAUUUGUAAAUGGUGAAUACUUAUCAGUUCAACCAAGCAAUGGAAUGGAAUUUUGGCCCUGCCUUCUGGAAAAAGCUUAUGCAAAACUUUGUGGUGCAUAUCAGCAAUUGCAUUGGGGUGACCCUGCAGAUGCUUUUGUAAACUUUACUGGUGGAGUCACAAUGACAUUUGAAUUGAAGAACCCCAUUAUAAACCAAUCAGAUAUCUGGGAGAUGGUAAAUGCAGCAGAUCCCUCUACACUAAUGGCAUGUAUAAGUGAAAAACUGAAAACUAUUUCCAGGAACCGUAGCUCAAGUGUCCCAUUUGCUAAUGAGCCCAAUGAAGUCCGGAGAAAUAGUGCACCAAACAAUGUAAAUAUUCAUCUCCAGAAUGGCAUGGUUGAAACGCAUGCCUAUUGUAUAACUGAUACUGCACAGAUUUUUUUCAGGAAUAAAACGGAAAACUUAAUACGACUAUGGAACCCAUGGGGCAAAGGAGAAUGGCUUGGCCGCUGGAAUGACAGUUGGCCAGGAUGGAAGGAAGUUAGCCAUCAAGAAAGAGUAAAGCUAUGCGAAAAGAAAGAAGAUGGACAGUUUUGGAUGUCAUGGGAAGAUUUUGCGAGGGAAUUUUCCGUACUCAUUAUUUGCAGCCAUUAUCCAGAUUUCUUGGACUGGGGAGAUCAAUCAAAAAAAUGGUACCGAACUGUAUUCCGGAACAUCUGGCCUGAAGAAAGCCACUCUGCUGGUGGUUUUAUGGGAGACUCAUUUUUGAAGAAUCCUCAAUAUCUUAUAAAAGUUUCUGGAGCUGAUGAAGUAAAGAGUGGUUAUAAUCUACUUAUAUCACUAAUGCAAAAUCCCAGGAAUCGGCAUAAAUUCAAGUCUAAUUGGUUUCCAAUUGGCUUUCUACUUCACAGGGUGGACUCGAAGGUACAAGAUCUUCAUGAAAAAUUACCAAGCUCAGUUUUGUCAAAAGCAACAUUUUCAGAGAUAGAUAAUCGUAAUGAACGUGAAAUUACCAUGUGCUACAGGUUAACUUCAGGAACAUAUGUAUUAAUUCCAUUUACAAAAAACAGAGGUCAGGAUUCACCGUUUAUUGUGCGAAUUUUCCUGAAGAGCAAAGGCUGCACCGGUGAGCUGGGUACUCCUCAGAGCUCCAAAGUGUUUUUGACACAUGAAGAUAACACAUAUGAAAGCACCUUCAAGAAAUAUGCGUCUCAGGGAACAAGAAUGAAUGCCUGGGAUUUACAAAGAUUCCUAAAUGACAUUUUUCUAAAUGAAAAUUUAGAUACUCAUGGAACAAAAUUCCCAAUAGAUGCCAGUCGUGGAAUGUUAGCAGCGAUGGACUAUAUGGGUACUGGAAUAUUGGAUUUUGAAAACUUCACCCGCUUAUGGAGAUAUCUUACCAAAUUUAAGAAUAUUUUCUCUGGAAUUGAUACAAACCAAUGUGGAUUCCUUGAUUUAUAUGGACUACAGAAAGCAGUUAAUUCUACGGGAAUUUUCGCUGGUAAUGAUAUGCUGCACCGACUGAUGUUCCGAUAUGGAGAUUUUGCGAAGAGACUAAAUUUGGUGGAUUAUCUGUGCUGCAUGGUUCGCCUGAGAGCAUUUUACAAAACAUUUCAGAUAUUGUCAAGCGAUGGGGCAGGGCUUUACAUGAGUCGAGAAAAGUGGAUACAGCUUAUGAUGUACAGUUAAGACGGUACUACCAUCUGCUUAUACAGGUCACUGCAAGUUCCUCUGUGUGGUUCCAGACGCCUUCUAUGUGCCUAACUGGGUCUGGCUAAAGGUUUUACAGCACAAUGACUCAGGGACAAACUGUCAUUAGACUCUGGAUCUCUGCUCUGGUACCAAGACUUAAAUUUAAUAAGACAACAGCUUUUUGUUGUUUUUUUUUUUUUUUUACAUUUUUAAACAUGUUUUUUUUUCUUGUGGUCUCUUCAUUUAUGUGAUAAUUGCAGGAUUUAUUGAUUAGUCUACUGACUCUUAAUUACAAUACUCAGAUGUUGAACCCACUUCUGUAAAGUUAAACUGCUGAGAUAUAAAGCACGUGGAUAACAACUAACACUUGGUUUCUGGCUCCUGAUCGCACUGGAAAUGUUUGCAUUGUCUUUGCCAUUUUAUUCACAUUAUAUUAAUUGCAUGCAGGGAUUAAAUAAAGUGUAUAUUUUUUUUAUUCUGCAGUAAUAAAGUCCAGUGGGGUCUAUUUCAAAACAUUAAAAAAAAUGUUUAAAGGUU